AUGGGGACUUCCGCGAUUGGGGUACAGCAGGAAAUACUCUUGGAUGCUAUAAGAUCAACAGCUCGGGGAGAAUGGAAGGUGGUGGUCCUGGAUGCCAUGAGCAAAAGGCUCGUGGACAAUGCUGUUCGCGAGGACGAUAUCUUGAAGGAGAAUGUCACAAAUAUCGAACAAAUAGAAAAUAGGAGACCUAUGAAUCAGGAGAUGGACGCCAUCUACAUUCUCUCUGCUCUACCCCACAUUGUCGAUUGCCUGAUGGCCGAUUUCGAUCGCAGGCGCUAUCGAAGGUCCUACAUCAUAUGGACCUCACUCCUACCCCCGGCCGAGCGUUCAAAAAUAGAGCAGAAUCGAAAGGCGAUAGAUCAGAUCGCUGUCAUGAGAAUACUGAACGUUGACUUCUUCCCUCGAGAGUCUCAUUUGAUUACUUUUCGAGAUCCUUGGAGUUUUCCUUACCUUUUCCACCCCGCUUGUGACAAUUUCGUUCGAAAGCAUUUAGACGAUCUAGCACAGAAGAUAGUAUCUGUGUGUGUCUCACUCGGAGAGUAUCCUACCAUACGAUAUUACAACCCCCGAAACUCAACCCACGAAGCGAGCGUUAUGUGCUCGCACCUCGCUCGAUUUGUGCAGCUAGAACUUGACCAAUAUGCGAAAUAUCAUGAGGACUUUCCACCGCCCUCACCCCGCCCUCGGGGGGCUCUAAUAAUCACAGAUCGGUCUAUGGACUUAUUCGCACCUCUAGUUCAUGAAUUCACCUAUCAAGCAAUGGUACAUGAUUUGCUACCGUUGAUAGAGGGCGAUAAGAUCAUGUACAAGACCACUUCACAGGAUAGAGGAGUGGAAGGUACUUCCAAAAACGUGGAGAUUACAGAGAAGGACAAUAUAUGGGUGAAUAACAGGCAUCUGCACAUGAAGGAUGUUCUGGAUAAGCUUGCGUCAGAAUUCAGGGCAUUCAAGGCCAAGAAUCCUCAAUUUGCAGAAAGUGAUAAUCCAGCCAGCCUAAACAACAUCAAAGACAUGUUGGCUGGCUUACCGCAGUAUCAAGAGGGUAAGGAAGCCUUCUCUCUGCACCUUAAUAUGGCUUCAGACGCUAUGGAUGUUUUUCAAAAACGGAAACUGGGCGAGCUUGCUUCGGUCGAGCAAUCGCUGGCGACUGGUCUUGACGAGGAUUACAAGAAGCCAAAGAACGUAGCAGAUCAAGUAGUAAGAUUAUUAGAUGAAGGCGCUGUGACCUCUCCUGAUCGACUUCGUUUACUGAUGCAAUAUUUGUUGUAUCGUGACGGCUUGCUACCUUCGGAUACUCAAAAGUUGCUAGCACACGCUCAGUUGCCACCACAGGAUGCUGAGGUUAUCAAUAAUCUGCAUUUACUGGGAGCUCAUGUGACAAGGGCACUUAAAGACCCUAGACCAUUAGCCCAGCCUCCUUUUGGAAGAACGCAAGCUCCCUCCAAUCCACAAGAAGAGGAAUCAGGGCUUUCUCGAUACGAUCCAGCGGUCAAGCCUAUGCUUGAAGAACACAUUCGCGGUACCCUUGAUCAACAGUCAUACCCUUUCACAAAGCCCCAUCUUGAUGGCGCAGAGGGUAUGGGAGCUCAAGAUACUGUUUCCCAAGCAUCCCUCAGGAGCGCAAAGCCAACGUGGGCAAGGACACGGCCCUCGGCUUUAGAGCCACGGCAACGCAUUAUUGUCUUCAUGGCAGGCGGAGCAACUUACUCAGAGUCUCGCGCUUGUUAUGAAGUCUCUAAAUCUCUCAACAAAGACAUUUUUCUUGCAACAUCGCAUAUGCUGACGCCAGGUCUGUACCUCCGUCAGGUUGGCGACCUUAGCGUAGAUAGGCGGCGAUUGAACCUGCCUGCUGAGCAACCAAAACCAAAAGCCCCAGCACAUUUAUUUGAGGCAGAGCGACCUCAGCAACCAGAUUCUAGACAAGCAACACCACCCUAUCAGCCUUCAACUGGGACGAUGGGGAACAUGAGCCUUCAUGGGCCUUCGAAUGGUGCGGCGAAGGCGUCAUCCAGACCACAGGCGCCAUCUCAGCCGGUGAUCCAGACAGGCAUAAAGCUUGGGAAAGACACAGAUAAGAAAGACAAGGACAAGAAAAAGAAACACCAUUUUUUUGGUUCCAAAAAGUAG